AUGGAGCUAAAGAAUCAGACGAUGGUGACAGAGUUUUAUUUCUCUGAUUUUCCUCAGUUUGAGAAUGGCAGCCUCUUAUUCUUCAUUCCUUUACUCUUUAUUUAUGUGUUCAUUGUUGUUGGGAAUUUCAUGAUCUUCUUUGCCGUCCAGAUGGACACCCGUCUCCACAAGCCCAUGUACAAUUUCAUCAGCAUCUUCUCCUUCCUGGAGAUCUGGUACACCACAGCCACUAUCCCCAAGAUGCUCUCCAACCUGAUCAGUGAACAGAAGAACAUUUCUUUCAUUGGUUGCCUCCUGCAGAUGUAUUUUUUCCACUCUCUCGGGGUCACAGAAGGCCUCGUCCUCACAGUGAUGGCCAUUGAUCGGUAUGUUGCCAUCUGCAAGCCCCUCCGCUACUCCAUCAUUAUGACACCUCGGCGGUGCCUGCAGCUCUCCACCGGCUCCUGCAUCUGUGGCUUCCUUAUGUUGCUCCCAGAGACCAUGUGGGUUUCUUCUCUUCCCUUCUGUGGCCCCAACCAGAUCCAUCAGCUCUUCUGUGACUUUGAACCAGUGCUGCGUUUGGCUUGUACAGACACCUCCAUGAUGCUAGUGGAAGACGUGAUCCACGCCAUUUCCAUCCUGACCUCUGUCUCUGUCAUAGCCCUUUCCUAUUUAAGAAUCAUCAUGGUGAUCCUGAGGAUCCCCUCCCGUGAGAGCCGUCAGAAGGCCUUCUCCACGUGUGCGGCCCACAUUACAAUUUUCUUGCUGUUUUUUGGUAGUGUGAUGCUCAUGUACCUACGCUUCUCUGUCCCAUUCCCCCCACAGCUGGACAGGGCCAUUGCACUGAUGUUUGCUGUCCUUGCCCCACUUUUCAACCCAAUAGUCUACAGUCUGAGAAACAAAGACAUGAAAGAUGCCAUCAAGAAAAUCCUCUGUUCUCAAAAAACGUUCAAUAUCUCUGGGGGCUAA